UCGAACAUGUGGCAGCUUCUGCUCGUCGGACUUCAAACAAACUCUCUACGCCAUGCCAUGGCUCGUCACCUCGUUCUCAUCGACGACGACGCCACUGAUAUCAUCCAAAACCCUCGUUCAUCGUCCCAACGAAUUCAAUUUCUAUUUCGAGAGAAGAAGAACAGAAACGAAAGAGAAAGAAAGAAGAAAAUGGCCACAAACUCAUCUGAGGCCGCCGCUUCAUCCCAAGCGGUCGCCGGUCCGUCCCGCGCCGCUUCGUCAGGUCAUGCGUCGGCGCCGCUUGACAGCUCAUUGGGCUGUGCUCCGUCGCCCGCGGCCGUUGAGAACGAAAGGUCGAACGAAGACCUGAUUGUUGAUCUCAGGGACAGCGGCCAUCGUGAAAAUGCGCUAGCAGCUCUGGCGAUGAGAGCUCAAGGAUCCCUAGAUUUGGCUCGGCUGGUAUGGUUUUCGUUCGGUACAAUAGCCAUAUUGUUGCAGGAGGUGCUCUCGGUGUACCCAUUUUUGUCUCCUCCUUCCCUAACCCCAGAACAAUCUAAUAGACUGUGCAAUGUUCUUACAAUUCUUGAGUGUGUUGCUGCUGACCAAGACACUCGAAUUUUGUUUGUUAGAGCUUACAUUCAUUUUUAUUUGGUUACACUUCUCAACCAAAUUGGUGAAUUGAGGUGUUUUGAGCCCAUAAGGCUCUCUUCGUUGCGAGUGUUCAAUGCCCUUCUGCAGGUCCCAGACGCUAGGGUGAUUGAUUUGCUUCUCGAAUCAGAAGUAAUCCCUCCCUGCCUUUGUGCUAUGCAGAGAGGAAAUGAAUCUUCAAGAAAAGUAGCAACAUUAAUUUUGAAAAGGCUUUUGCUUGAUAAUAUGGUGCUACGACAUGUGUAUUGUAAGCUGGACCGGUGUUUUCCUGUGUGGAAAGCACUCGAAAGUGUGGUUGCUUCACUUCUUCAGCGGCCCUUGGCUCCACUUCUAAGAGAUGUCAUCACUUGCUACCUUCGUCUCUUGGAGGAUGAAAGUUGUCUAGCACUGCUGCAGUUUCUUCCAAAAAGCCUUAUUGAUGGCACGUUCGACCGGUGUGUUGAUGAUGCUGAAACAAGAAUAUUGCUGCAACAGCUGUUGGACCUCAUUCAAGUACCUCCAAUAGCACAAAAAGAUCAUCUAAACAAUUCAACAAGAUAUUUUCACCGUCUCAAUGAGCGCUGUUCCACAGUUGAUACUGAGUGGUUCAAGGUUUCAGUGGUGGAUGUCACUUGGAAUUUUACAGUCACAUUAAAAGGGCUUAUCCUUCUAAUCUUCUCAUCUUGGUUAACUCCACUUCUGCUCGUCGUAGUUCAAGCGCAUUGCAAUGGUUUUUUUUCUCUCGUAGCCACCAACAGAACUACAAAUUCCUGCCUAGCAACAGAAAAAUUAAACCAAUUUUUAUUUUGAGAAGAGAAAUGAAAGAAAGAAGAAAAUGGCAACAAACUCAUCUGACGCUGCUGCUGCAUCCCUAGUGGUCACCGGUCCACCCCGCGGCAUUUUGUCAGGUCAAUUCAUUGCCGUUUUCUUCUGAAAUUUCGUGACGCUGACAGCUCAUUGCCCCCUGCUUCCUCUCCCCUUGCUGUUGAGAAUGAGCAAAAAACCUGAUUGUUGAUAUCAGGGACAGCGAAAAUGCCCUUGUUCUGGCUAUGGUAAAUAUAUGAAUUUAUCCUUCCUUAAUAUCUGUAUUUUAGACUGUAAAUAUUGUUGGCUAAGUGAAUGU